AUGAGUCUCGUUAAAGAACCGGCACAACUCUUAAAAAAUUUACUUGUUACAAGUGCUAAUUUUCAACGUGCAUGGAAUCUAUUAAUCGAACGAUAUGAAAAUCGGCGCGUAUUGAUUGACUCUCAUUUAUCGAUUCUUUCUUCCGCGCAUUCGAAUAAAUCGGAAUCAGCUUCUGAACUUAAACGAUUGAUAGGCGAAAUUAACGAAGCACUAAGUGCGUUACAAUCUCUCGGAUGCCCCGUGGAUUCAUGGGAUCAUCUUCUAGUGUAUAUGAUCGUGAGAAAAUUAGAUUCAGAAACUAUAAAAGACUGGGAAAAGUCAAUCGGGAACCAUCGUGAUCCCUCGACUUUCGAAGAACUUGAGGAAUUUCUAAUCGGGCGUAUCUACACUCUCGAAGCCAUAGAAAAGCAUUCAGUUUCCAAAAGAAUAUCUUCAACCUUUUCUAAGCCUUCCAAUAUUAAAGCUCAUAACGCAUCUACACCUUCCAACGGUUGUACAUUGUGUGGUGCAGUUCAUUAUAUAGCUUCGUGUCAGAAUUAUCUCUCGAAAACAGCUGCACAACGUGCCGAAUUCGUCAUAAACCGAGGACUCUGUUUCAAUUGUUUGGGACCUCAUACUUAUCGAAGAUGUCGAGUUGCAAAGAGAUGUCGUAUUUGCCGAAAACCUCACCACACGACUCUUCACGAAUCUCCACCAGUUAUACGAUCCAUUCAGACAACGAACACACAAUCAAACUCAGAAGCAACCCAAUCAUCUACACCACAAACAUCAAACAUGAUAAGAACUCAACCUACAACAUCAAGUCAUAUUAUUAAUUCACAUCACAUUCACACUACAGUUUUGCUAGCUACGGCAUUAGUUCGAGUUUCAUCUCCUCGGGGUGAUACGAUCAUUGUUCGCGCUCUUAUCGAUCCGGGUUCGGAGAUUUCCUUCAUAAGCGAAUCGUUGGUACAGCGUCUUAAACUUUCACGAAGAUCAGCUAAUGUUCCCAUAUCUGGAAUUGGUUCACAACAAACUAGCAUUUCGAAUGGUGUUGUUUCAGUUCGGUUGUACUCUGUAAUUGAUUCAUUGAUAUCGUUUACGGAGGAAGCGUUGAUACUCCCAAAACUUACAGCAUAUCUACCCAAAGAACAUUCGACACAAUUGCCUGUAGAAUUUAAUGAUAUCCCGUUAGCUGAUCCAGAAUUUACAUCAUUCAGAAAAAUCGAAUUAAUUCUCGGUGUCGGUUUAUAUUCAAAAGUGUUGCAAGAAGGCGUGCGACGGAAUGGUGACGGUACUUUAAUUGCUCAAAAGACUCAGUUCGGGUGGAUUCUUUCCGGUGUGAUUUCUGAUCAAUCAUCUUCUAUUCGAAAUGCUUACGGUUUUCAAUGUUCGAUUGACAGAGAAUUUCUAGAGCUUAUUCAGUGUUUUUGGAAACAGGAGGAGGAUACUAUGAAAACUCCUUGCCUUUCAAAUGAUGAGCGCGACUGCGAGAGUCACUUUAUUCGAACUCAUUCGCGGGAUCAAACUGGACGUUUUUUAGUGCGCUUACCAUUCCGGAAGUCAACUACCGAACUGGGCAAUUCGUUCAAUGUUGCAAAAAAAGCCUUUAAUCGUAGCGAAAUUAGAUUUGCUCGCGACGAAAACCUUAGAACGCAAUAUAGCCAAUUCAUGCGCGAAUAUCUUGCUCUAAAUCAUAUGAAACAAGUUACAACAAAUUUAGAAGCGGCUCAUUUUUACUUACCUCACCAUGGUGUUGUUCGGGAAACCAGUUCAACUACUCGAUUGCGCGUCGUAUUUAACGGAUCGCAAAAAACUUCUUCGGGUGUUUCGCUCAAUGAUUGUCUGCAUACCAGUCCGAAAAUACAAAAUGAGUUAGUAGACGUUUUGUUGAGGUGGAGACGUCAUCCUAUAGUAUUUGCCUGCGACAUUGAGAAAAUGUAUCGCCAGAUUCUCGUACAUGAAAACGAUCAACCUUUUCAACGCAUAAUUUGGCGCGAAAAUCCAACAGAUGACUUAAAAAGUUACGAACUAACUACCGUAACUUACGGGCUUUCUUGUGCGCCAUACUUGGCGAUACGUUGUAUUCGGCAAUUGUGUAUCGAAAAAGCAGAUAGUCAGCCUCGUGGUGCAGACACACUUCAAAACGAUACGUACGUCGACGAUAUACUGUCCGGUGCUAAUGAUCUCAAUCAAGUCCAAGAACUAAUCUUCGAACUUAAUAAUGUUUUAACUUCCGGAUGUUUUAAGGCAAGAAAAUGGAUAUCCAAUUUGCCUGAAGCACUCUGUUCUUUGCAUUCAGAUCUUCUCGCUACUUCGGACACAUUAAACAUCGAAAGUACAGAUACUCCUCGUGCUCUCGGUCUUUUAUGGAAUAAUAAGACAGAUGAAUUCGUGUUUCGUUUAAAUAUUGAUUACGCGGAUAGCAAAAUCACCAAGCGCUCAGUUUUGUCGUUUAUUGCUAAAUUGUUUGAUCCGCUCGGGUGGCUUUCCCCUUUCAUUGUUACGGCAAAAAUUUUAAUGCAACACCUCUGGACGCGAAAUCUAGAUUGGGAUGAUCUUUUGACUGACGAUUUAGCGGAAAAUUGGAAAUCCUUUAUCAAUAGUUUUCGCGAGACACCGGUAAUUCGAGUGCCUCGUUGGUUGGGUGUUGAUGGCGGGAGUGAGUCGGUCGAAGUACACGGUUUCGCGGACGCGUCCGUUUGUGCGUUUGGUGCGGUUGUUUAUUUGCGACUCCUUAAUCGCGAGCGAGUGCGAGUUACUCUUCUUCUCUCAAAAACUAAAGUGGCUCCACUAAAAAGUAUUACAAUUCGGCGUCUAGAAUUGUGCGCCGCGGUACUACUUGUUCGGUUAGUCAAAAAAGUUCUGACUGUUUUGGCUCUCCACCAUUUGCCGGUUCAUCUUUGGACAGAUUCGACUAUUGCCCUGUCGUGGAUUUGUAGCCAUCCUUCUAAAUGGAAGGAUUUUGUUCGAAAUAGAGUGGUUCAGAUUCAGGACCUGGCUCAAGCGACAUGGCAUCAUGUUCCCGGUCACGACAAUCCAGCUGACUUCGCUUCAAGAGGGAUGAACAUUCAGCUACUUCAACGGGAAACGACUUGGUGGUCUGGACCGUCCUGGUUAUCGGCUCAUCCUUCACAAUGGCCUCUUCUUCGUCCAUCACCAUCAACUGAUGUGAAUCGUGAGCUGCGUUUGAAGCCAACUUCACACGCAACAACUCAGUCCGGCAAUGAUUGGGACUUAAAAUAUAAGUUUUCUUCUUUAAAUAAACUUUUAAGAGUUACUGCCUGGUGCAGACGAAUUUUUAACAGAUCUAAAUUUGACUUUUUUCCAGACAUUCUAUCACCCAGUGAGAUCAAAAACGCAUUAAUGUUUUGGGUGCGCGAGUGCCAGCUUAGCGCGUUCGGAAAUGAACUUACCACAAUUAAAGAAGGACGUUCUCUUCACUGA